AUGGACGAACCAACACGUAACAAGUCUGCUUUAAGCAGUUCGGAGGUUGCGUUCCCCAGAGGUGGGGCCUCGGUCUUGACUCCCUUGGAAAUGAAGACAAUUUCCAACAAGGCCACUGAGGAUGUUCUUUUCGAACAGGCCAAAGGCUCCAAAAGAGCUGCCCCAGAUGCCAUCGAGGCACCCAAAAAGAAGAAGAAGAGCAAAAAGAAGAAGUCCGAGGACGACUCGGCUAAUGACAACGAGAAGGAGAUCGAAAUAGAGCACUUUACUUUCAAAAACUUGCUUCCUGGUGCAGAGAUCUUGGGUCAAAUCGUCAGAAUAGACAAGAUGGAUCUUACAGUUUCUGUCGGAGACAACUUGUUUGGCCAAGUUCCAAUCACACACAUAAGUCCAGAGAUCUCUGAGAUGAUUGACAAGUAUGAAAACGCCAUGGAUGAUUCGAGUGAUGAUGAAAGUGACGACGAGAACCAAACGCAAGGUCUCAGUGUCAAGUCUGAGUUGCCCAAGUUAGACAAGAUCUUCAACAUUGGCCAAUGGGUCCGUGCUGUUGUCACCCCAAGCAGCGAGAACAAACGGAUCUCACUUUCGCUUGAACCAAAGACGGUUAAUGCCUCCAUUGAGGAGGACGAUUUGACUCCAGGCAAUUUCUUGCAGGCCUCUGUCAAGUCGAUCGAAGAUCAUGGUGUCGUUCUUUCCACCGGAGUCGAGAACUUCGUUGGUUUUAUGUCUAAGAAGGAGUUGAAGAAGGCCGAGAUCCCCCUCUCCUCUCUCAAAGUGGGCCAAGUUCUUUUAGGUUCAAUUGUCAGUCUAUCAUCCAGAACAGUAACCAUGAAGCCGGCCUCGAACGAGCCGGUGACGAAGAAGACAGUUGUAUCUGUGAUCAGUUCCAUUGAUGCUGUUCACCCCGGUACCGUCGUCAAUGCCAUCAUCACCGAAAUCAGUGAAAAUGGUGUUGGUGCUAGACUCUUCGGUAUGGUCGACGCUUCAUUCUCACUCCCGCAUGCCCAAGAAUAUUCUGUGGAGAAGCUCAAGAAUCACUUCCCUAUUGGUGGAACCGUCAGGGCCAGAAUCCUCGGAACUGUGUUUUCUGAAGGUGCCAAAAAGUUCCUUUUGUCAAAGUCGGAAAGACUCAUGUCAUUGCAACCCGCACUCAACAAGGAGCCAUUGGAAGCUUUCCCUAUUGGUUUUGUUUUCCAAGAAGGUGUCGAGGUUUCUGGUUCCGACAAGGACUAUUUCUACGUCAGCGUGGGCAGCUUCACAGGACAGGUUCACAAAUCUAAUGUUGACCCAGAUUUAGACAUAAGAAAGCAUUACAACGUUGGAUCAAAACACAAAGCUCGUGUGCUAGGGUUCAACGAGAUUGACAACGUUUUAAUCUUGACGUUCAAACCAAAAGCCAUUGAGUCACAGUUUGUCUCUACCGAAGACAUCCCAGUUGGUGAACUCGUCUCUGCUGCCGAGGUGGUCAAUGUCCUUCCUGAUUCUAGAGGUAUUGUGGUCAAGGUUUUUGGUGAUUUUGAAGCAUUUGUUCCACCUACUCACAUUUCUGACUCGAAACUCAUGUUCCCAGAACGUAAAUUCAGAGUUGGCGGUAAGGUCAAAGCCAGAAUUCUUGCAGCAUCCGGAAAGAAGCUUUUUGCUACCUUUAGAAAGAGUCUUGUCAACAUGGAGGAUGAGACUAUCGUGAAGAGCUACGAUGACCUCAGUAUAGGUUUUAAGACUACGGGUGUGGUCGAGAAGUUCAUUGGUUCUGGCGUCCUUGUAUCCUUCUUUGGAAACUUGAAGGCAUACUUGCCGAAGAACGAAAUUUCCGAGACCUUCGUGGAGAACGCCAAGGAUUACCUCAAGGAGGGCCAAGCUGUCAACGUCAGAAUACUCAAUUUCAACAAAGAGGACAAUAAGAUCACAGUGACUUUGCGUCAAUCGGCAGAGUUAACCAACAAUCAGAUGAGACACCUUGAAGAGGUCGAAGUUGGUAAAACCAUCGCUGAUGCAAUCGUUGUUGAGAAGACUAAAGAAGCAGUUAUCAUCGAGUUGGAUGAGUCUAACUUGAGAGGUGUUAUCUCCACGGAUCAUUUGUCUGACGGCUCUUAUGAGGAGAACAGAAAGAUUUACAAGUCUCUUAAUGUGGGCGAGAAAAUUAACGUUUUGAUUCUUGAAAAAGACUUCAGAGCAAGAGCUGUCAUAGCUUCCGCAAAACAGUCGUUGCUUAAUGCUGCGAAGGUCGGACUUUUCCCAGCCAGCUACGAUGAAGUUCAUGUUGGUACCGUCAUUCCUGGAUUCGUUAAAUCCGUAACUAACAUGGGUAUCUUCGUUAGCUUUGGUGCUAGGCUUACAGGCUUGGUUUUGGCCAAGAACGUUUCAACUGAUCCCUCAGUCGAUCUUUCCAGCAAGUUCCGCAAGAAUCAAUCUGUUGCAUGUAACGUUAUCAGAACCGAUGACGAGAACAAGAGAUUCUACCUCUCCUUUAGCGGCAUGGACGAAGAAGGUUACAAGAAACUCAAUUUGAAGAACCCUCUCGACAAAACAAAGAAAUCCGCAUCUGACUACUCCGUUGGAUCCACAGCAAAAGGUGUUGUCGCCUCUGUUGAACCUGGUUAUGUCAAUGUUCAACUCGCUGAUAAUUUGUUCGGUCGUCUCGAAGCAUCUCAGGUGUUCUCCAAGUGGAAGUCCAUCAAAAACAAGAAGAACCCACUUGCUGUUUUCAAGGAGGGCGAGGAGGUGGAAGCCAAAAUUAUCGGAUAUUACGAUCAGGUCUCCAAGAAGUUCUCUCCUGUGACUUCUUUCACCACAUCAACAGUGAUUGAAUUAUCGGUUUUGCCCAGCAUUCUUGACUCUAAGAGCCCUUAUAAGCCAGUCAGCUUCGAUGACCUCGAGAUCAAUACCGAGCACACUGUGUUUGUGGACUCAUUCGAGCAUGGUGUCGCUAAUGUUUCAUUGAUGCCAGGAACUGUGGGUCAGAUUGCACUUUACAACCUUUCGAACGACAACAAGCUCUUCUAUAACUUCGAAGAAUCAUUCCCAGUGGGAUGUGCCAUCAAGGCGAAGAUUGCCCUGUUUGACUAUGAGCAUCGUGUCAUCGAAUUCAACGCAAGAGAGGAAACUGUCAAGUCGAUUGAGGAUCUCAAGGUCGGCAAGCAAUACCCCGGCAAGGUCUUCAAAGUGGCUCAGAACUUUGUGUUAGUUGAGCUUGCUAAAGGUGUUGUGGGAUACUCAUACAUCACGGACGCAUUAAAUGACUACGAUCACAAGCUUGAAGAGGUGUACAAGGUCAAUACCGCAGCUCUUGCUACUGUUGAAGAGGUUAACACCUCAGAGGGUAAGAUUUUCGUGAGCUUAAGAAACGAAAAGGUUGCUAAAGACAAGCCUGUCAACUCCCUUGAGGAGAUCAAGAGAGGAGAUCUCGUGAAGGGCUUCAUCAAGUCUAUCAGCAAGAACGGUCUUUAUGUUUCUCUUGGCAGAGAGCUUUUCGCUUUGGUCAGAGUGGCUGACAUCUCCGAUGCAUACUUGUCAGACUGGAAGAAAUUCUUCAAACCCCAUCAGUGUGUUUCGGGUAAGAUCUCUCAAUGCAAAUCUGAAGGUCGUAUUCUCAUGACAUUGAAGGAGAGUGAAGUGAAUGGUGACUUGUCGAGUUUCAAAACCUUCGACGAAUUGGAAGUUGGCGAGAACUACGAUGGAUCUGUCAAGAAGGUUGCUGACUUCGGUGUGUUCGUUAAGUUGGAUGGUACCUCCAAUGUUAGCGGAUUGUGUCACCGUUCUGAAAUCGCUGAUACCCCUGUUGAAAAUGUUGUUGCUCUUUUCGGAGAAGGUGACCGUGUCAAGGUGAAGAUUCUCAAGAUUGAUAACGACAAGAAACAGCUUUCUCUUGGUAUGAAGGCCUCUUACUUUACUAACGAUGUCGAGGAUGAGGAUAUGAAUGAAGUUGAAGAAUCAGAAGAUGAAGUUAUGGGUGAUGCUUUCAACGACGACGAAGAUGAGGACGACGAGGACGAGUCUUAUGAAUCCGAGAAAGAAGAGGGCUCAACAUCUACAGCUCCUUCUACUGCGGGCGGAUUGUCAACCAACGGUUUCGACUGGACUGCGUCUAUCUUGGACCAGGCCGAGGACGAAGAAAGCUCCUCUGAUGAAGAAGAAGACUUUACCGAAAGCAACAAGAGGAGAAGAAAGAAGGGUAAGAACCAGGUGAAGGACAGAACCGCCGAAAUGAACGCUAGAGCACCAGAGUCUGUCUCUGACUUCGAGCGUAUGCUUAUCGGUAACCCUGAUUCUUCUGUUCUCUGGAUGAACUACAUGUCCUUCCAGUUGCAGCUAGGUGAGAUUGAGAAGUCCCGUGAGAUUGCUGAGCGAGCUCUUAAGACCAUCAACUACCGUGAGGAGCAGGAGAAGAUGAACAUCUGGAUUGCCAUUCUUAACUUGGAAAACAGUUUCGGCAGUGACGAGUCUCUUGACGAGGCUUUCAAGAGAGCUACACAGUACAUGGACUCUUUGACCAUGCAUCAAAAGCUUAUUGGCAUCUAUGUCUUGUCUGAGAAAUUUGACAAGGCCGAUGACCUUUUCAAGACGAUGGUCAAGAAAUUCGGUAAGGAGACCAGUGUCUGGGUUCAGUACGGCUCAUUCCUCAUGGACCAGAAUGAUAGCGAACGUGCCCACGAAACGUUAGCUCGUGCAUUGCAGGCUUUGCCCAAGAAGGAUCACAUCGAAGUUGUCAGAAAGUUUGCACAGCUUGAAUUCACUAAGGGUGACGCCGAGCAGGGUAGAUCCUUGUUUGAAGGCUUGGUCACUGACGCUCCAAAGAGAAUUGACUUGUGGAACGUUUACAUCGACCAGGAAAUCAAGAGCGAGAACAGAGACCAUGUUGAGGACUUGUUCGAAAGAGUCACACAUGUCAAGCUUUCACGUAAACAAGCCAAAUUCUUCUUCGCCAAGUGGCUUAAAUACGAGGAGGAUAACGGCAAUGAGCAGUCAGUCGCUCGUGUCAAGGCGCUUGCUGUUGAAUAUGUCCAGGCACAUGCUAAGGAGGACGAGGAGUAG